ACGGCCGCCUGGCGCCCUUCCAGCGCGGCGCACUCACGCGGGCGGCCGAGGAGGAGGCUCCAGCCUGACUGACGCCUCUGGAGCCGCUGUCUCGGUCCCGCCGCCGCCCGCCCGGGCCCUGCAGCUACCGCGCAGCCCGAGUGCGCGGGGGCACGCGUGGCACCACACGGACAGAGUCGGACCGCUCAUCCACCCAAGCGCUUUGGAAGAAGUCAGCCCGUCUCCCAACUUAAAUCAGUCCCCACCGCUUCCAGAAGAAAAGGCAAGCUCGUUCCUAUGACACCCGUGGACAAGUGCUUGGUGCUGACCUGCCCAGGGCCCUGCAAGCCUUGACAGGCCUCAUCCUCUUCCCGUGUGCAGGAGCCGGAGGUCUGCCUCCUAUGCACCCCAGCACCCCCAUCAGCUCCCUCUUCUCCUUCACCAGCCCUGCAGUGAAGCGGCUGCUGGGCUGGAAGCAGGGAGAUGAAGAGGAGAAGUGGGCAGAGAAGGCCGUGGACUCUUUGGUGAAGAAGCUAAAGAAGAAGAAAGGAGCCAUGGACGAACUGGAGAGGGCGCUGAGCUGCCCAGGCCAGCCUAGCAAGUGCGUCACCAUCCCCAGGUCCCUGGAUGGACGCCUGCAGGUGUCCCACCGCAAGGGGCUGCCCCAUGUCAUCUACUGCCGUGUGUGGCGCUGGCCAGACCUGCAGUCCCAUCAUGAGCUGAAGCCUCUGGAGUGCUGUGAGUUCCCCUUCGGCUCCAAGCAGAAGGAGGUCUGCAUCAACCCGUACCAUUACCGCCGAGUGGAGACGCCAGUUCUGCCUCCGGUGCUGGUACCAAGACACAGCGAGUACAACCCCCAGCUCAGCCUCCUGGCCAAGUUCCGAAGUGCCUCCCUGCACAGUGAGCCCCUCAUGCCGCACAACGCCACCUACCCAGACUCUUUCCAGCAGUCUCUCUGUCCUGCACCACCCUCCUCUCCAGGCCAUGGGUUCCCGCAGUCUCCGUGCCCAACCACUUACCCACACUCCCCAGGAAGUCCUUCUGAGUCAGACAGUCCGUUUCAACAUUCAGACUUCCGGCCGGUUUGCUACGAGGAACCCCAGCAUUGGUGCUCUGUUGCCUACUAUGAACUCAACAACCGGGUUGGAGAGACUUUCCAGGCGUCCUCCCGGAGCGUUCUCAUCGAUGGCUUCACCGACCCUUCCAAUAACAGGAAUAGGUUCUGUCUCGGGCUACUUUCAAACGUGAACAGAAACUCAACCAUAGAAAACACCAGGAGGCACAUUGGAAAGGGCGUGCAUCUGUACUACGUCGGGGGCGAGGUGUACGCCGAGUGUGUGAGCGACAGCAGCAUCUUUGUUCAGAGCCGGAACUGCAACUAUCAGCACGGCUUUCACCCUGCCACGGUCUGCAAGAUCCCCAGCGGCUGCAGCCUCAAGGUCUUCAACAACCAGCUCUUCGCCCAGCUGCUCGCCCAGUCCGUGCACCACGGCUUCGAAGUUGUGUACGAGCUAACGAAGAUGUGCACGAUUCGGAUGAGUUUUGUGAAGGGCUGGGGAGCCGAGUAUCAUCGCCAGGAUGUGACCAGCACCCCCUGCUGGAUUGAGAUUCAUCUUCAUGGACCACUGCAGUGGUUGGACAAGGUUCUAACUCAGAUGGGCUCCCCACAUAACCCCAUUUCCUCAGUGUCUUAACAGUCAUGUCGUCAGCUGCGUUUCCACGGAAGAGAAGAGAUGCAGGCGGUGGCUUCUGUCCUGACCACCUGCAGCUAAUGGAAGGUUUUGGAUGCAGAUGUAAAUACAUAUAAUGUAUAUAAUAUUAUUCACAUUUUUACCACCAUUUGUUCCGUGCUACCUAGCUAACCCGGGGCUAGUACUGUGGCUGAAGAAGAGUGCUUUCCAGGCCAGUGCCAGAGUUAGAAGUCAGAAUCGGAGGCCACUUCAGCUUGUCACUGUGCAGAAUGUUGUGCCCCCUAAUGACAACACAAAGCUGCUUACAUUAAGGAAAGGCCCAGGGUUUAGGAGCACUAGAGUAAAACCCAAUCAAAUCCACGUAGUUUAAAAGAUCUCAUGUUCAAUGUGAAAGGCAAGAAAAAAAA